AUGGGGUCCUCCGUCGAGGGCGGCGCGUCGGCGCCGGCGGUGCGCCGGCGCUACACCGUCGUCGGGAAGCGCGGCGUCGUCGUGCGGGCGGGCGUGGAGCUCGACAGCCCCGUCGUGGCGCGGCUGCCCCGGGGCGCCGUCGUCGAGGGCGACGCGUCGUCGAGCGUCCCGGCGCGCCCGGGGGGCGCCCGCCUACGCGUCGCCGGCGGCUGGUGCGCGGCGCGCCUCGUCGCGCCGGGCCCGCUCGUCGGCGGGUGCGCGCCGCUCGCGGCGUCGCUCGGCCUGCCGCCGCGGCCCGAGGGCUACUUGUGCGACCUCGAGGCCGCGCCGCCGCCGCACGAGCGCCUCGAGGUCGCGACGGUCGCCCUCGGCUGAUUCUGGGAGCCUCCGGCGCUGCUCCGGGCGACGCACGCCGGCGUGGCGGCCACGACCGUCGGCUACUGCGGCGGCCGCGCGCCGUGGCCGACGUACGGGGACAUGGGCGACCACACGGAGGCCGUCCAGGUCCUGUACGACCCCGGCGUCACGACCUUCGACGACAUCCUCAGAUUUGUCCUGCCGAGCGGCGGGCGGAACCGGUCGCAGACGCGCCAGUACAUGACCGCCGUCUGGCCCCACACGGACGCGCAGGCGGCCGCCGUCGCCGCGGCGACGCGCGACCUGCCCGAGGACUUCCUCUUCGUCGAGCCCUUUUCCUGCUUCUACCGCGCGGAGGAUCCACCACCAGGGCCGGAGCUAGCGAUGACGGGCGCGCGCGGCCCUCGGCCGCGCGCGCCCCGACGACGCCCGGCGCCC